CCAAUUGAUCUUUCACGGAAACCGAAGGCCCACUGGCCAACACCAAACCAUCAUCACCAUUUUUCUAUAUCAAAUUUAUAUAGAUCUAUGUAUAUAUAAAGCCACCCAAGCCUUACUCUUCUCUCAUUCAUUCAUCCCACUCCUUUGAUCUUUCUGUGUGUUGUGUGAAAAUUCGUAACCAGAGGACAUGGCUGAACGUACUCUGACUCGGGUUCACAGCCUCCGUGAUCGCUUGGAUGAAACUAUGUUUGCUCACCGUAACGAAAUAUUGUUGCUUCUGUCAAAGAUUGAAAAUCAUGGUAAAGGAAUUUUGAAACAACAUCAGCUUAUGGCUGAGUUUGAAGAGCUUCCUAAAGAUGCCCAAGACAAAUUGCAUGAUGGUGCAUUCAUUGAGCUUUUGAAAUCAACACAGGAAGCAAUUGUCUUGUCUCCAUGGAUUGCUCUUGCUGUUCGUUUAAGGCCUGGUGUCUGGGAAUACUUGAGAGUUAAUACUCAGGCCCUUGUUGCUGAGGAGCUGACUGUGCCAGAGUUUCUGCAAUUCAAAGAAGAACUUGUGGAUGGAGACCGCAACGGGAACUUUGUUCUUGAGUUGGACUUUGAACCAUUCAACGAGUCUGUUCCUCGCCCUACUCUUUCCAAGUCCAUUGGCAAUGGGGUUGAGUUCCUCAACAGGCACCUCUCUGCAAAAAUGUUCCAUGACAAGGAGAGCAUGUUCCCACUCCUUGAUUUUCUUCGAGUCCACCACUACAAGGGAAAGACAAUGAUGUUGAAUGACAGAAUUAAAAGCUUAGAUUCACUCCAAUCUGUUUUAAGAAAGGCAGGGGACUAUCUUACGACACUCACACCAGACACGCCCUAUUCUGAGUUUGAACACAAGUUUCAAGAGAUUGGUUUGGAGAGAGGUUGGGGUGAUACCGCUGAACGAGUAUUGGAAAUGAUCCAUCUGCUUUUGGACCUUCUUGAGGCUCCUGAUUCAUGCACUCUGGAGAAAUUUCUUGGGAGAAUACCUAUGGUUUUCAAUGUUGUUAUUCUUUCUCCCCACGGUUACUUUGCUCAAGAUAAUGUUUUGGGCUAUCCCGACACUGGUGGCCAGGUUGUUUACAUUUUGGAUCAAGUGCCUGCUAUGGAGCGCGAGAUGCUUCUACGAAUAAAGCAGCAAGGACUUGAUAUUGUCCCUCGCAUUCUCAUUGUUACUAGACUUCUCCCAGAUGCAGCAGGCACCACUUGCGGUCAGCGUCUUGAGAAAGUUUACGGAACAGAGCAUUCACAUAUUCUUCGAGUGCCCUUCAGAACUGAAAAGGGAAUUCUCCGCAAAUGGAUUUCACGUUUUGAAGUGUGGCCAUACAUGGAGACUUUCUCUGAUGAUGUUGCACAUGAAGUUACCAAAGAGUUGCAGGCAAAGCCAGAUUUGAUCAUUGGCAACUACAGUGAGGGUAACCUUGUUGCCACCUUGCUAUCUCAGAAAUUAGGUGUAACCCAGUGUACCAUUGCUCAUGCAUUGGAGAAAACAAAAUAUCCUGAUUCCGAUAUCUACUGGAGAAAUUUUGAUGAAAAGUAUCACUUUUCCAGCCAGUUUACGGCUGAUCUUAUUGCAAUGAAUCAAUCUGAUUUCAUUAUCACCAGCACAUUCCAGGAGAUAGCCGGAAGUAAGAACACCGUAGGACAGUAUGAGAGUCAUACUGCCUUUACCAUGCCUGGGCUGUACCGUGUCGUUCACGGGAUUGAUGUGUUCGACCCCAAAUUCAACAUAGUUUCGCCAGGGGCCGAUAUGUCCCUAUACUUCUGUUAUAAAGAGCACGAAAAGAGAUUGACGGCACUUCACCCCGAAAUUGAAGAGCUUCUUUAUAGUUCUGUUGAGAACGAAGAGCAUUUAUUGGUGUUGAAAGACCGGAACAAGCCCAUCAUAUUUACCAUGGCCAGGUUGGACAAUGUGAAGAAUUUAACAGGACUUGUUGAGUUGUAUGGUAAGAAUGAGAAGCUCCGUGAGUUGGCCAACCUUGUUUUGGUAGGAGGAGACCGGAGGAAAGAAUCAAAGGAUUUGGAAGAGAUAGCGCAGAUGAAGAAGAUGUACGAUCUCAUAGAAAAGUACAAGUUGAAUGGUCACUUUAGAUGGAUUUCUUCCCAGAUGAACCGGGUGAGAAAUGGUGAACUGUACCGGUGCAUUGCUGACACAAAGGGAGUUUUUGUGCAACCUGCAUUUUAUGAGGCAUUCGGCCUGACUGUGGUUGAGGCCAUGACCUGUGGUCUUCCAACAUUUGCAACAUGCCAUGGUGGUCCAGCUGAGAUUAUUGUUCAUGGAAAAUCUGGUUUCCAUAUUGAUCCUUAUCAUGGUGAUCAGGUUGGUGACCUGCUUGUCAAUUUCUUUGAGACUUGUAAGCAAGACCCUUCUCAUUGGGACACGAUUUCAGAGGGAGGUCUGAAGCGCAUUCAGGAGAAAUACACAUGGCAGAUUUAUUCUGAGCGGUUAAUGACACUGGCUGGGGUUUAUGGGUUCUGGAAAUAUGUGUCCAAACUUGAUCGUCGUGAGACCCGCCGUUAUCUUGAAAUGUUUUAUGCUCUGAAAUACCGCAAGUUGGCUGAGUCAGUGCCCCUGGCUGUUGAGUAGAUGAAAGGAAGAAUAUUUGGGCUGGGGAAGUGGAAGUUUCUUGAGUUGAAUAACUCUCACCGUUUGAGAUUGUUGGAAUUAUUGAAGAGGCUUCUGUGUUUUCCUUAAUUUUUUGCUUUCCAUAUUGGCAGUGCUUGAACAUGUUUGUUUCUUUUUUGUUGUUGUCGUCAGUCACACUAAAAAUGUUGACUUGUCGAUUUUUUUUUUUGCAUUCCCCUUUUGCCUUUAUGAGAUUUGAAGAUUGAAUAUUAUUAGACAUUCUGAGUAGUGAGUUAUUAUAUAAAUAAAGUCGAAUUUAAAUUCCCA